CUCGACGCGCGGCGCAACAAACUUGGGGGCGCGCUGGCGGAAUCGGUGGGGCGGAUGCGCAUGCUCACGUCGCUGCGGCUCGACUCCAACGACCUAUCCUCGCUCCCGGAGGGGCUGGGUAACCUGACGUCGCUCGUGUCUCUGAGCGCGUCUCGCAACGCGCUCGUUCGCCUGCCAGACUCCAUAGGCGACUGCAAGUCCCUUCGCCACCUGGACGUGUGCCGGAACAAGCUCAUGCGGCUGCCAGAGUCUCUCUUUGCCGGGUGCGCCGAGCUCGAGGAGCUGUGGGCGCGGGAUAACCAGCUGGUGUUCAUGCCCGGACGACCGGGGAUCCCGAAGACGAUUCGACUGGCGAAGAGGCUUCGAAAGCUCGACGUCGGCGGGAACAGGCUCGAGUCGAUAGGCUUCGAUGAGGACGGAAUCCCGGCCAUGCGAUCGCUCGAGAUUCUCAGCGCGAAGGAUAACGCGCUGCAACGCGUGGGACGCGCUCUCGGCCGAAGCCCCACGCUGCGUGAGACGCUCAAGGAGUUGGACCUCACCGGUAACAGACUC